UAUUUCUAUCCGACUGCUUUCGGCGUGAACUCAAAAAUAUCUAUUCAAAUACUCACCAUAUCAGAAAAAACAAAACAUUAUUCCCUUUCAAAGAAGUGAUAAGUAACGGAUUCAAUAUGAUUUCUUUGAAUAUCAUUCUUCUCGUUGGUUUGCCAUACUGGGCGCUUUGUGAGGACAAAACAUUUGACAACGUCUAUACAAAAGUAAAAAUGACUUAUUUGGUCCAUAAACACCAGCCAACAUUUGCCCCUUGCAAAUAUGGAGUCGCAAUGUCAUUUGAUCAACCACAUUUUGUGGCUGAUCCAACGGAUGACUUUCCAGAAGAAAGAGUCUGUUGUACAGGAUGUCAAACACUUCAUAUCAAACUUCCCGGCACAGACACUAAUGCCACUUUAUGUUGUAAUCCUCAAACACCGUAUAGGCAUUCUCUUGGCCGAAUUGUUUCUGGAUCAGACAAGAACAGUCCUGGUCACGUUAGCGGCAAUUUUGGAUAUGUUCAUCCGUUGCACUUAGCCUUCGAUAAAAUUGCUCCGAAAGAAUUGCUUGUGAAAGAUGAAAAACCAAGAGAAACAAGAAUUGGACAAGGAAUGUGGCCAUUUAUGUUCAUCGGAGCAGCAGCUGCUCAAUCUGUCAUUCUCAUUUUGGCUUUACUCGUUUGCAAGUUCACUGAUAAGAAGAUUAUUCUGGAAACUGUACCGGAUUGUGAUUAUGAAGUGAUUAAAGAAGCUCCUGUCAUCAGUCAUCAGUCGAAGAGUCAAAUGCAGUCGGAUAAUAUAAACUCGGAUCUCAUGUCAAUCUCUCAAGCAGCUCUGUAACUUUUGUCUCGAAUAAAUUAUUUUUUAUAUUG